AUGUCCGGAUCCCUGGGAUGGGUGAUUUGGGUUGACCGCCUCUUCAAGAGAUUAUGUUCUGUUCUGUGUUCUGUGUUCUUUGUUCAACAGAUUAGUCCAAUUUUGGGUAGUACGGUGUUGGUGGCGGCCUCAUUGUCGGAGGAGUCGUCAAUUAUGGACUUGGUGGUGACUUUGCAUUUGAAGGCGAUGGUGGAGAAUAUGGAGUUGGUGUCACCUGCCCAUAUGGAGGCGACGGUGGCGGAUACAGAGAUGGUGGUGGCUGUCCAUAAGGAGGAGGACAUCGAGGGGAUGGUGGUGGGUGUUGUGCCGGCGGCGGUGGAUGAUGAUGAGUGGGUGGGCGAUGAUGGUGAGAGGGUGGUGGCUUGCCAUAAGGAGGGUAUUGUGAUGGUGGUGGGUAUUGGGACGGCUGUGGAUGGCCAUAAGUAG